AUGACCAGCGUUACAGAGGACAGAGCCAAGAUCGCUGCCGCCGCGCAACGGAACGUACAAAGCCUCCGGAAGCGGGAGCCCGCCCGCGUCCUGUACACCUCCUUCGACAACGAGUACGAGGUGCGGCAGCGGUUCCGCAAGAGGAUAGACCGCGACAUUCUCGGCACACAUCCUGAUAUGCAUGCCGUCCGGUCUCUCGAGACUGUGCUUAAGCUCGCGGAGAACAUCCUCGCAGCUCCUACCGACCCCGAUGUCCGGCGCUUCAAGAUGUCGAACAACACGAUCAAGAAGCUCGUCAUAGAGCCGAAGGGCGUGCUUCAGCUGGUCGUUGAUCUGGGAUUCCGAGAGAAGGUAGAGGACUUCGUGCCCUACUACGUCUUCAAAGGGGAUAACGUCAACGAACUCCGCGUCGGGGCGUCGAUGAUAAAGGAGGCGCUAGUGCGCGAGCGGAAGAAACUGGAAGACGAGAAGCUCAAGCAUGAGCGAGAGGAAGCCGAGCGCAAGGCGCACGAAGAGAAGAUACACAAGAACUUCCUGGACGACCGGCUGUCCGUGGCGGCGCGUGCGCAGCGCGAAAGGCAUAGUGGAUAUCAGGUGAAGGGCAUACCGCGUCCGAAGGGUCUCUCCAACGGGAGCAACAUCGUCACACUACAAGGCAAGGCAGCGGACUAG